UGACAGCUCUCUCCUCCAGUCUCUGACACUCGCCCCUCCUUCCUCUGCUCUCCGGGAAUGCUGGCUUGUUUACAUUACUGGCACACGGGUCAGGAGUGUGGUGAUGAGAGGGGCCUAGCCAGUGGAGACGAGACCAUCUGAAAACACGUACACACAUCUCGACUGGCUCCACAGCAGCACAGUCUCUCUCUGUCUGUCUCUCUGUCUGUCUCUCCUCUGCGUGAAUCCGUCUCUAACACUCGGGGAACACUGCCACGCAAGAAAGGAGGCCCGCAGAGACAACUUUAGCGACCUUGGAAAAGAAAGGGAAAGUCAAAAGGAAGACAAGCGCCAUAAACCAUCAGCAGAAACUCUCACCGUGAAGAAGAAGAAGAAGAAGAAGGAGGAAUAUCUCAGCAACAGGCUCCACUUCCUGAGGUGCAGAGGAUCAAGCGCCUGACACCAUGGACAUGGACACGCAGCCACAGGGACAGCAAGCAGCAGUGCCCGUCUUUCAACCCCAGAAACCGUUGCAGCCAGAUAUGGGUCACAACUCUCUGGCGAACUUCCAGAUUGAGAAGAAGAUCGGACGUGGACAGUUCAGUGAGGUGUACCGGGCGAGAUACCUGUUAGACAACACGUCAGUGGCUCUGAAGAAAGUCCAGAUAUUCGACUUGAUGGAUGCCAAAGCUCGGCAAGAUUGCAUCAAAGAGAUAGAUCUCCUUAAGCAAUUGAACCACCCCAAUGUGAUAAAAUACCACGCAUCUUUUAUCGAGGACAAUGAGCUGAACAUAGUCCUGGAGCUGGCAGAUGCGGGGGACCUCUCACGUAUGAUCAAGCACUUUAAGAAGCAGAGGAGGCUUAUCCCAGAGAGAACAGUGUGGAAGUACUUCGUCCAGCUCUGCAGCGCGCUCGAACACAUGCACUCUCGGAGGGUCAUGCACAGAGAUAUCAAGCCAGCCAAUGUAUUCAUCACAGCUACAGGAGUCGUCAAACUAGGAGACUUGGGACUGGGACGAUUCUUCAGCUCCAAAACAACCGCCGCUCACUCGCUAGUGGGUACUCCUUACUACAUGUCACCGGAGAGGAUACAUGAAAACGGCUACAACUUCAAAUCUGACAUCUGGUCGCUAGGAUGCCUGCUCUACGAGAUGGCAGCCUUACAGAGUCCGUUCUACGGGGAUAAGAUGAACCUUUAUUCCCUUUGUAAGAAGAUAGAACAGUGUGACUACCCCCCUCUUCCCUCAGAUCACUACUCAGAGGAGCUGAGGAACUUGGUAGAUAUGUGCAUCAACCCUGACCCGGAGAAGAGGCCGGACAUCACCUACGUGUACGACAUUGCCAAACACAUGCAGAACCUGACACAGGGCAGCUAAGCCCGGAGUUACACACGCAUUAGCUCGCAGAACUCUCUCCAACUCUCCACUUUGCUUCUGAUGCUGGACUCGUACACAUCUAUCAGCUUCUGUACAAUAACUUACUUCAGAGUACCCACCCCCCCCCCCCCCCCCCCCCCCCUUGUUGAAUUUGUUACGAAUUUGUAUUACGAAGGUGACGGUACCGUCCAGAAUGUGACUCAGACACCAAACCUUAUCCGCCCAAAGAUAAAGAGAAUCACUAAACCUCCAUGUCCUCAGACUUUAAUAAUGUUACUGAAAUCAACGUAUCAUAACUCACUGAUGUGGGAGAAGUGAGACGCUCUUAAGCAGCUGUGUUAAUAAGAUCCUACAGAAGAUUUAUAUUCUGGAAAACUGCGAAAUUAUGAGAGAAAAAAAGCAAAGUUUAGUGUUACCUUUCUCAAUAAAGUGCAAUCAACAUUUACAAUCACCCUGCAGGUCUUUGGUGGAUCUGGUUAGACCUACGGACAAUAAACGACACAAAAAGAGCAGGAACACUUUGAACACAACGGUUCAGUGAGAGUGAGGAAAUGUUCACUCAAUGGCAGGAAACCUGAGAGACGUUACAGAGUGUUUGAUGGUUGACGCUUUGUUGUGUUGCACUUUUUACCCUGGUACUGGAAGGCUGGCAGGGUGUAAAUGUCUAAUGAAUGUAUAAGGAAAGGAAGGAUUAUUUAGAGGGUAGACUAGAGACGUGCUGGGGGGAGAACAUGGGCAAAUGUCUCCACAACACUUUGAAUGUAAGUCAUUUUGACACCUAUGUAUUGUCUUUAAAGAUUCAGAAUUACUCUUUCUUGACAGCCUAGAAGGAGAAGAAGCUCUAAGAAAGGCAGUUUUACAUCUGCUGUUUACCUUCCUCACUGACACCAAAAUGUUUCCUUCAUGGUUAGACUUAUUGCUAUUGUCACACUUUUUUUUUCUCCACACAAUAAAACCACAGGAAGAGAAAAA